AUGGCAGCAGCAAUGUCAAGUAAGCAAGAUAUUUGUAUGUGUUCUAUUUGCUUGGAUCUUCUGAAGGAUCCAGUGACUCUCAACUGUGGACACAAUUACUGUUCGGGCUGCAUUAACGGCUGUUGGGAUCAGGAAGAUCAGAAGGGAGUCUACAGCUGUCCUCAGUGUAGGCAGACUUUCACACCGAGACCAGUUCUGAACAAGAAUUAUAGUUUUGCUGAACUUGUGGAAGAAAUGAGGAAGACUACAAUUCAACCUGAUGCUCCCGCUGACCAUGGAGAUGUGGAGUGUGAUGUUUGCUUUGAGGGAAAACUGAAGGCUGUGAAGUCCUGUCUGGAUUGUCUGAUGUCGUAUUGUGAAACUCACUACAAGGCUCAUAAUGACCUUAACAGGGGGAGAAAUCACACAGUAAUCGACGCCACUGGUCAUCUACAGGAAAGGAUUUGCUCCCUUCAUAAGAAGGCUCUUGACAUAUUUUGUCGUACUGAUCAGACUUGCAUCUGUUAUUUGUGCACAAUGAGCCAACAUAAAGGCCAUGACACCAUCGCAGCCACAGAAGAGUGUGGUGAUAGAAAGGAAAGGUUGGGGCAGAUCCAGACGAGAUGCCAGCAGACAAUCCAGAAGAGAGAGAAGGAGGUUCAGGAGCUGAGGAGAGCAGUUGAGACUCUGAAGAGCUCAGCACAGUCUGCAGUGGAACACAGUGACCAGAUGUUUGAUGACAUCAUUCGCUCUGUUGAGAGAAGGCGCUCUGAGGUGACAGAGCUGAUCAGAGCUCAGGAGAGGGCUGAGGUAAGUCGGACUGAAAAGCUCCUGAAACGACUGGAACAGGAGAUCUCUGAGCUGAAGAAGAGAGUUGCUGAGAUGGAGAAGCUUUCACACACACAAGAUCACAUCCAUUUCCUCAAGAAUGUAGGGUCCAUCUCUGACAGUCCCUACAGUACAAUUUCAACCAACAUGACCCUCAACUCAAACCUCUCCUUUGAGCCUGUGAAAACAUCUGUCUCUGCACUGAAGACGCAGCUGGAGGAGAAAUUAGCCUCUAUCUUCAAUCAGGAAGCAGCCAAAAUAUCUGCAGCAGUGUCUGAAGUGCAGGCUGUUAUGACUGAACCAGUGACCAGAGAGGACUUCUUACAGUAUUACUGCAACUUCACACUGGAUCCAAACACUGCAAACAGAAAACUCCAUCUGUCUGAGGGGAACAGGAGGGUGGAGAGGAGAGAUGAGGCCCCCCAGUCAUAUCCAGACCAUCCAGAGAGAUUUGAUGACAGGUGGCAGGUGCUGUGUAGAGAGGGUGUGUCUGGACGCUGCUACUGGGAAGUUGAGUGGAGUGGUGAGGAGGUUAAUAUAGCUGUGGCAUAUAAAACCAUCAGCAGGAAAGGACGCCUGAAUGACUGCUGGUUUGGAUUCAAUAAUCAGUCGUGGAGACUUACUGUAGAGCCUAAAAGGACAUAUGUCCGGCACAAUAAAAACAGCACUGAACUCCCUCUAGUGGCCAGCUCCAGAGUAGGAGUGUAUGUGGACCACAGGGCAGGGACUCUGGCCUUCUACAGCAUCUCUGACACCAUGAUGACACUCCUGCACAAAGUCCAGACCACAUUCUCUCACACACUCUACCCUGGGUUUGCAUUACAAGAUGGGUCAUCAGUGAAGCUCUUGUGACUCACAUGCAUGUAGUAGCACAUCUGGACACUGUGGAUCCAUGUGUGUUAAGCAUCACAUAUCGUCACCACACAUUUGGCCAAGGUGAAUAUGGUAAAACAUUUUAAUCAUGAUACACACAGGACAGUAGUACUGUAGCUGACGCUAUCACAUAACUUUGAAAAAUUGUGCACAAUGUUAUACUCUGACCACGCAAGAGAAAAUUGAGGAAGGUUUUCUCUUAUGCAAAUUAGAAAUUAAUUUGGCCUCACAGCCAAUCAAAUCAACAGCAGCGUGUUUGAAUUGAAUUCAUUGGCCAUCCAUUUAUACUUGUAGACUGUUGAGCUGUCAGACUAGGAUGCUGAAUUUCACCAUGAUAAAUCAAGACAUUGAUAAAUCUAGUCAUUAGUUUCUUUUGUUCCAGACAUGUAAACAUUUGUUUCCCUUUACCUGACAUGUUUCGAUGGUAUCACUUCAGUAUUUCAGUCACAUCUGUUGCCCAUGAUGUAUAUUAGCAUGCAGCACUAGCAUGGGGAUGUCAGUUUGUUACUGUGUAAAAUUCAGGUGGGAGGUUGAUUACAAAGACAUGUUGUGUGAAAUGUGUGCAUUUUUCUGUGAUAUUUCAUGUUUUGUUUCAAUGUAGAUGCCGAACUUUGCAAUAGGGUAAGUUGUAGGUAAUGAUAGAAACAUGACAGAAAAUGUGAUAGUCCUUAUUACACCUAACAUGGAUAACACUGGUAGAUCUUCAAUACCAUGCUGUAGGAGUAUGUUUAGUACGCAUCAGUAAUCAACUAAUACAUUGACAUUGGACAUCUGCACUGCACUAUGUUGUAGGGUAAAAUACGUUUGAAGAAAGUAAGUAACAUGAUUGUAUCCUUUUCUGUUUUUUUUUCCUUAUAUGGUAGCAUAUUGUACACAUAUGGUUCAGUGACAAUUGGUUUUAAUUUGACUUGUACACUGUGUGAUUUUGUUAACUGAAGGUGGUGGAUAGUGACUAAUAAAGUCUUAAUUCAGUU